AUGCAUCUCACUUCUCUCAUAAUAACUUCGAGCUUAGUUAUUAUUUUUGCUCUCCUAGUCUUUCCCCUUCUUUCAACCCUCACACCCAACAUUAAACCCCUAAACUGAGCAACCACACAUGUCAAAACAUCUGUAAAACUCAGCUUCUUCAUUAGUCUCCUUCCCCUAUUUAUUUUCUUAAACGAAGGGGCAGAAACAAUCAUUACCUCCUGGACAUGAAUAAACACCACCUGCUUUAAUAUUAAUAUCAGCCUUAAAUUCGAUCAAUACUCUAUUAUUUUCAUCCCUAUUGCCCUUUAUGUAACCUGAUCUAUUCUUGAAUUCGCAUUAUGAUAUAUACACACAGACCCCAAUAUAAACCGGUUCUUCAAAUAUCUUCUGAUUUUCCUUAUCUCUAUACUUAUUUUAGUAACAGCAAACAAUAUAUUCCAACUAUUUAUCGGCUGAGAAGGAGUAGGCAUUAUAUCCUUUCUCCUCAUUGGUUGAUGAUCCGGACGAACCGACGCUAACACCGCUGCCCUUCAAGCAGUUUUAUACAACCGAGUAGGAGAUAUUGGACUGAUCUUUGCCAUAGCCUGAAUAGCCACAAACCUAAACUCUUGAGAAAUAGAACAAAUUUUUAUUACUUCUAAAGAUUUUAAUCUUACCUUUCCACUUCUCGGCUUAAUUCUCGCUGCCACCGGCAAAUCCGCCCAAUUUGGUCUUCACCCUUGACUGCCAACUGCCAUAGAAGGCCCUACGCCAGUCUCUGCCCUACUUCACUCGAGCACUAUAGUUGUCGCUGGCAUUUUUCUCCUCGUACGAAUAAGCCCACUCUUAGAAAAUAAUCAAAUUACUUUAACUACUUGCCUAUGCUUAGGGGCACUUACUACCCUCUUUACAGCCACCUGUGCUCUCACACAAAACGACAUCAAAAAAAUCAUUGCUUUUUCAACAUCCAGCCAACUAGGCCUAAUAAUAGUAACUAUUGGACUCAACCAACCUCAACUCGCUUUUUUACACAUCUGCACCCAUGCUUUCUUCAAAGCAAUACUUUUUCUCUGCUCCGGGGCCAUCAUUCACAACUUAAAUAAUGAACAAGACAUCCGCAAAAUGGGGGGAAUACACUAUCUUACCCCAUUUACUUCUUCUUGUUUAACAAUUGGAAGCCUCGCUCUAGCCGGAACCCCCUUUCUAGCAGGCUUUUUUUCAAAAGAUGCAAUCAUUGAAGCCCUAAACACAUCCAACCUAAACGCCUGAGCCCUCACCCUCACCCUUUUAGCCACCUCUUUUACAGCUAUCUACAGCCUUCGAAUAAUUUUUUAUGUCUCUAUAGGACACCCCCGAUUCAAUAGUCUUUCCCCUAUUAACGAAAAUAACAAAACCCUGAUUAACCCUAUUAAACGUUUAGCCUGAGGAAGUAUUAUUACUGGCCUUCUUCUUUCCUCUAACAUAUUUCCCCUCAAAACCCCUAUCAUAACUAUAACCCCCUUACUUAAACUAACCGCCCUAAUUAUUACAGUAACCGGAUUACUUUUAGCCCUAGAACUAGCUUCUCUUACAAGUAAACAACACCAAACAAACCCUAACUUAACCCUUCAUCAUUUUUCCAACAUACUAGGAUUCUUCCCCUCCAUCAUUCACCGUUUCUCCCCUAAAAUCAACUUAAUACUCGGACAAAUAGUCGCCAAUCAAAUAAUUGAUCAAACCUGACUUGAAAAAAUAGGCCCAAAAACCAUCGCUACCUCCAACUUCCCUCUAAUUAUCAUUAUCAGCAACUCCCAACAAGGCAUAAUUAAAACAUACUUGGCUUUCUUUCUACUUACUAUUACCCUUGCCCUUAUUUUAACAAUAAAUUAA